CUGUUUAGUGACGUCAGACCACAACAUCCCCCGUCGCGCGCGCUACACGACAGCUGUAGUUAGCGAUAGCAGAAGUCAGACAUGCAUCGUUUUAGCAUCAAGUAAACAUCAGAAUCAAAUUCAUCAGUAGUUAUUUUAUUAAAAUACGUCCAAUGAAAUGCGAAGACGAAGAUUCAGAAACCGGAAGAAAACAAGCUAGUCAACGGUUUCUAUUGGAGCAAUUCUAAGCCUGUCUCCUAUAGGUUAUCGCCCCCGUGGUCUGAGCAGCAUCAUGGUGGACAUUGCCGUGAAGAGCGGAGCUGCUUGGGUCUGCUGCGUUCAGGGACAUCAGUUGGCCGAUGUCCUGCUUCCUGUUCACAUCUGGAACAGAGAGGAUCACGAAGAGGAGCUCAGUCCGCCAGAAGGAGGCAAGACAAAUGGGGGUGGCCCGGUGCUGCUGGAGCGGACGGAGGAGGGGUCUCCGUGCGUCCUGACGCUCCACUGCACCCCCCGCUCCUCUACUGCCAUCAGCCGCCUGCUGGUCAUCAGCGAGGCUCGGACCAUGGAGGUGUACAGCCAGACUGGGGAAUACUGCGGGACAGUACGCGGGGAGAGGGGCGACAACGUCCAGCCAGACAGUUCAGAGAGAGGCCCUUUUUACAAGAAACAGCUGAUCCUCGAACAUCCAUCCUCAGCCUGUGACGUCAAGCUGCUCUCCCUGGGUGGUAGAAGCAGUGUUCUGGUGUGUCGGGUCAUCGUGGGCCUUCAGCAGCUCCAGCCCUGCGCCGCCCGCGGCCCCGGCAUCGACAUGCAGCAGGUGCAGUGUCUGGUUGAGGAGAUGGGAACGAGCCUUUCUCCAGGAGCCCAGAACCUCAUGGACAUGGUGCACUUUCAGCAGAAGAACCAGAGCAGCUCUCUGGGCGGCUUCCUGCCUCUCCUGAUGGGAGGUGGAGUUUUCUCCGCCCUGGCUCAAGGAGCCACCAUCUCCCCAGCAGCCGUCAGCAAGCAGCCCCCGCCUGCAGACUCCAGGCCUCCAGUCGGCUCCAUCCGACCUGCAGAUGAAGCUCCGCCGGCUCAGAACGGAGCGAUGUCGAACGGCUCUGUCGCCUGCUCCCCCGACCUGCCGCUUUCUGGUGUCAACACUGAGAAAAUAACGAGCAGCGAGAGCGGGGGCCCCGUGAGCCACGCCCAGAUGGCCGAGAUGAUGUCUCACUUCCUGAAAGGCCAGGGGCGCGGUCUGAGCUCCGGCCCUGAGCUUCUGCCCAUGCUCCAGAGCCUCUGUGGACAGGUGACCAAGCUGAGGCUGGAUGACGCCACAGUGAAGGAGAAGAUGACUAGAAAUGGCACAUGGGAGCUGGACCCGGCCAUGGAGCGUCGUCUGGAGGAGAUGGAGAGGAGGCUGAAGGAGCAUGUCGACCGCCGCCUGGACGCUCUGGAGCAGAAGCUGGAGAAGGCCCUGCUGAGCGCCCUGCCGCACGUCGUCCUCGGCCAGGGAGCCAUGGGCAGCGGGGGCGGGGGGGCAGCAUCCACAGACGCGUCGCAGCAGACCGACCCGACACCGACCACACACUGAGCUCAGAACCGCUACAAGACUAACGCAACAUGUAACCUAGAAGCCUUUCUGACUCUUGACCUUCUCCAACUAGACCUUAGUGGCAGCGGGGACGACACAGAUACUAAAAUGUUAGUUUUUUAAGACUGAAAUGGGAAAUAUGGAUAGAAUAACACAAUAAUCUCCUAAAAUGUAAAAUUGUCUUCAACUACAAGUCUGUAACGGUUGGUUUGGGUUUUAUCUCUGGGAAAAUAGCAAAUGAAUGCGACCCGGCUCGACAGCCGAAGGGAAUGUCCUGGAUGUGGGAUUGUUUGUUUGGCUGAAGGAAACCAAGAAACGUGGAACUGCAGAGAACCCAGACCCGUAUCACACACAUCAAAACACGUCCUGUGGCUGCAGGGUGUUCUGGAAAUACAUCACGAAACAAAAAUGUAGGGCUGACCUCGACUAAAGAAAUCCUUAGUUGACUAACACAUGAUUUUGUCGACCAAUCGAUUAGUUGAUUUAAUCGACAGAGCCUUUGAGAAGUGGUUGAGACUAGAAAAACACAAUAUAAAUGUAGUUAAUUACCCAUCUGUAAAACUCAGUUUCUACACAAUUAAUCUUGCAAAAAGCACCACUUUAAAUCUUGUGUUCACCAGAAAUGUGCUCAUUAGUUUCUUGGAAAUGAGUAAUUAAGCAUGAAUAAGCAUAAA